CCCAAAGUGCCUCCGCGUCCAGCUCGCACCCAGGAGAGAGCUGCAGACCCCACCAUGAAUGCUCCAAUAAUUCCUCCUCGUCCCCAGCGACGCAACGAGAGAUCCGUCUCUCCCAUGAGAGGAGAGUACACUCGUUCUCCCCUGAACGAUAUGCCGCCCACGACUAGUCCCAACACCAAUGGCAAGAUGUACAGCCAGAGAAACCUCUCGGCCCAGGACCUGCCUCCUCGCCCUCCGAGUGUCAGCCUUCCUUCAAUCGGCCAGGAAGGCAGUGAAUACGCCAACCUCCAGGAGGAGGAACAAGCAGCUGCUGAACAGCACCGAAACAUCUCCCCGGACUUGCCCAUGCACGCUCCUACGGCAUCUGUGCCCCAGUCGACGGCCAAGUCCAGAAUCCAGACUGUGACCCGCACCGACUCCAGCCAAGCUGCAUCUCAUGGAAUAGGCUCGCCUGGCGAAGCGGUACACCCAUUGAGAGCAAAGGCGAGCUUCAGUCGCUCCAACUUGUCUCUGUCUCAUGAGCCUACCGAGGAGGACGAGCACGGCAUUCCCGAGAUUGGUCUCCAAGUGCCUAUGUUGAAAUAUGCCGGUGAUGUCCAGGCCCCUACACCAGCUCCCUCAAAGGCCGGUACGCCAAGUAUCAGCUUCAACGAUGCGGCGCCCCGCAACCACCACCGCAAGCGUAGUUCGCGUCAGGAGUUCCACGGUCCUCCCGGCAGUUACGGUCUGCACGGCCAUCGUCAGGAUCCCAAGGACCAGUUCGAAAAAGCAUGGUACGCCAAGCACCCGGAGGAGCUCGUCAAGGAACAUCGUCCCUAUGAUCCUGGCCACGCUCCCGGUGACUGGGCCUUGAGCAGCGACGACCUUAACAAGCUGGUUCAUCAGAACUCUGGUCGUGGCCUUGGAAUGGGCACUUCGCCCGCUGCCAUUGGCACACCCGACGAGUCAAUCGGUUUCGCAGCUUCCGAAGCUUACACUUCUCGCAUGAACUCACCCAAGCUUUUGUCAAGCCUCAGCAAGCGUCCUUCAAGCGGCGCCCAGCCCGCAGUCGAGUCUCCUCUGAGAAAGGAGUCCUUCAGUCAGAAAGAGCUUACACAGAACGACAACGCUCUAGAGAGCGAGGCUGAGGAUGAGGUCAUUCACAUUGAUCCCCCAGCCCAUCGUCACAGCAAAAUUCAUGGUGGCGGUUACGACCCUCCUACUGUAGACCUUGGUCCUGAGGGAGGUAACACCAGCGAGCGUGGCGGCUGGGUCAUCGAGAAUGGCGAUGGCAUCCCCAUCUUGGCCUCUGAUGAGGUUGCCAAAAACAAUCCCGAGGCCGUCUACUGGCAGCCCGCUGUCUCGCCUUCAAAGGAAAGAAAGGGCAACGAUUACUACGAUGCGUAUGCCUCGGAUUCUUCGGCAACCGGUGUUUCUCGCAGACGCAGUGGUGAGAAGCUGAGAACUAGCAGCGGAGGUAACCUGGCGAGAUUCAAGUCUCAUGAGGCUCAACCUUCUGGUACUGGUACACCUCUGGAGGAGAUUGAGGAGUACGAGCCUCUCUUCCCUGAUGAUGACGACAAGCCUUCGAAGCCUCUCACUGUCACUGAUAAACUCAAGCGUCCUGAUCUGGCUCGUCACCACUUCCCUAGUCAGGAUAUCUGGGAGGAUACNCCCGAAAGUCUGCAGUAUCAGACUGAGGUAUCUGGUCCUCAGGAGCCUGAAGAUUUGACAACUUCUGCUACUUUCGAAACACCAGAGAAGGAGCAGGCACGUAAGGAGGGCAACAACCCAGAAGAUCGCGCCGACUUCCUUUCUCAAGAAGCUAAGAGCAUGGCCAAGACUGGUUUUAAGCCUGGCGUUUCUGAUGAAAUGAGCCGCCCUAGCUACAAGAACCGUUUCCCAAGUAGAGAUGUCUGGGAGGACUCACCUGACAGUCUUCAACUGGAGACCACCGUUGAUUCUCCUCAAAUGGAGGACGAGGAUGUGUCAAGUCCAGCUGAUAUCAAGUCGCCUAUAGUUCCUCAGCGUCCGAUUCGCUCUUCCAAACUUUCCGAGGUGUCGACUCCCGAACCUGAAGAGAGUACUAAGCCUCAGGUCCCCGCAAGGCCAGUUGGUCAACAAGCUCCUGUAAUUCCCGAGCGUCCCAAGCCUCAGGUGCCUGCCAGACCUGCAAGGGCUGAAAACACUCAACCGCAAGAUGGCGCGUCCACUGACAGAUCUGUGUCGCCCGAAAAGGUUAAGGCCAAGCCUGCAGUCCCUGCAAGGCCGGCAGGCAACAAGUUCGCCGCACUCAAGGCUGGCUUCCUCGAAAACCUGAACGCACGUCUUGGCUCUGGUCCUCAAGCUCCUCCCAAGCAUGAAGAGCCUGCUGAAGCACCUGCAGAAGAGAAGGCUCCUCUUGCCGAUGCUCGCAAGGGCCGCGCUAGAGGUCCUGCUAGAAGAAAGCCUGCUGCCGAGUCUGCCGCAGCUCCUGCAGCCGCAUCCGGCGCUUCAACUUUGUCUAUCGGUACAACAUUCACCGUCUUCCAGAUCAACGAUCAAGGAGACCUGUCGGUUCCCAUCGACCAGCUCUCACCUACUCUAGCCAAGGGUGCUCAGGAGAUGGAGAAGGUGGCUGCAGCAAACACCGAGGGUGCUGCCCCUGCCUCCUCGUCUUCGGCCGUUGAUAACGAGAAGACUGUGCUUUCUGGACUCCCGGCCCAAGCAAUUGGCCACAUUGGAGACACACCCGACCCCAAGUUGUCACAGUCAACAAUGGAGCGUGCCUCAGCCAUUCAGUCUGGUUUCGAAGCAGCUCUUGCCGACUCGGAGAAGCAUGGCGAGCAACCUGCUGGUGGCGAAACGGAUGUUGUUCCUUCGAUUCCUGACCGCUCGUCAGAAGUGCCUAUCCCAGGUCAGACUGCUACGCAGGAUACCAGAUCUCCAACAGGACUUAAGGGUGACAUUGAGAAAUCUGAGACUUCAACUACUGCCAGCAAGUCCGAGGACACAAAUACUGCCGAGAACUCUGGAGAGAGCUUAGUCUCCAAGAUCGGUCAAUCCGUCAACAGCGCUGUAAACUACGUGUCUGAAUCCGUCUCCGAGACUGUUCAAGGCACCACAACGUCUGAGAGCAAGGAAUCUACCGAACAGCAAGCCAAGCCUCAGAUGACAGACAGCAGUGUGCAGACCGGUCAGCAAGACAUCACCAUCAAGAGCCCCACAGGCGAGCAGGAGAGCAUGACAUUGCAUCUGGAUGGUCGUGCACCUCAACCGGGCAAUGUAGUGGUCAAGGAUGGGCAGGAGAUUGUAGGCGACAUGGACGAGAGACACCGUACCGCUACUAUCGGUCAUGGCAUGUAA